CGGACAUGGUACUGGUUCCUGUGCAACGAACCUUUGGCGUCAUGGGCUACGGGGGCGCCCAAGACUUGUUCUUUUCAAGGGCAGCAAAAGAAGCAAAUCUCGAUAGUGUCGAGGAAAUUGACGCCCGAGUACUGGCAACGCCAAUGCGAGAUGCACUUCCCCACCGCCGAGAAUGGCGACCAGUACGGUAGUGCCAAGGGCAAGACGACGGAGAUGUUGAAUAAGAGAACGGGCGGGUGGGGGAGGGUGAAGGAGAGGAGGAGAGUUAUUUGGACUAAUGGUGAGUUCGACCCAUGGAGAUCAACCACCAUGUCCAGCGAACUACGACCGGGAGGACCGCUGCAAUCGACCGAGGAUGCACCCGUUUUCUUGAUCAAGAACGCUCAGCAUGCCGAUGAUGCGUUUACAGAGGCGGGGAUGAAAGGGGCUGGACAUACGAUUAACCCGGAGGUGGUCAAGGUGCAGGAGAAGGCGGUGGAGAUUAUGAAGAGAUGGGUUGGAAAAUUUAAGGCGCCAAAUUGAGGAGGAUAUAGCUGUCAAGACCAGGAAUGCAAUCCUUAAGUGGCGAGCAACUACAGGAAAUAGUCAAAAAGAUGAGAGGGUAAAAAAGUAAUACAAAAGUUGUUCGAAGCCGCCCGAAC